AUCUGACAAAUGCAUGAAUCGCAUUCACACAAAUGUACUUCUUAGAAAAUGAAUUGUUCCGUACACAAUGUCAUACAUUUCCAGAUGUAUGUACCUAUUAAGCUAUUCUUUGAUAUCAAAUGCCUUAACUACCACGGUUAUUACAUCAAGUUAUUGUGCAAAAAUGGUUAUAAGCUAAAUAACCUAUGUUGGACAAAGUUAUAUUCUUGAACAUCAAAAUUGUCGCAGGAAAAAUUGUUUCCAGGGUCAAAAUUCAAACACAUUCAAUUCUUUUCAAACAGUAAACCUUCUGUCAUGCAGAACAAUAUAAUAGGAAUGCAUUCAUUGCUGUCUGGAGUCUGCAUUUUAUCACAGUUUGUCUUCGGUCAUCAUACAUUCAACAUCAGACCGAGGACAAAAAUUUACUUGUUUCCUUAGGUAUAUUAUUUUAAUAUCCAAUCAUAAUGUAUCUUGAAUAUCAAAUUGUGUGCCUCCUUGUAAUUGUUCACAGUAGUUAUGGGAAUUUUGGAUACAGUACACGACAACAGCAUAUAUGGGCACAAACAUUUAAACGGUGCAGUGGAAAAUGGCAGUCUCCCAUAGCGAUAUCAUCCACCAAAGCUGUACCAUUACCUCUACCAGCCGUUGAAAUGAUUGGCUAUCAUAAUUUUUUAUCUGGGCCGAUUACAAUGAAGAAUACUGGAAAAUCACUUUCAAUUACUGUUAACAAAGAACUUUCAAAAAAACGGCUUCCCUAUCUAUUUGGUGCGAUGCUAAACGAAAGUCGAGAAUACGAAUUUGAAAGUCUUCACUUUCAUUGGGGGAGUAAGAAUAAUAGAGGCUCGGAGCACAUAUUGAAUGGCGUUAGAUUUCCCAUGGAAAUGCACAUGAUCCAUCGAAACAAGGCAUAUGUCGAUAUAAGCCAUGCUCUGGAACAUGAAGAUGGUCUCGUAGUCUUGGGAUUCUUUUUUCAGCUUCAAGAGGAGGACAACAAAAAACUACAUUCCAUUUUGUCGAGAUUUCCUGACGUGCAGUGGAACAACACAGAAGUUCAAAUAAACACUUCAAUCGCUUUGGCAUCAUUGAUACCUCAUAAUAUUGAUAUAUUUUACAUGUACAAAGGUUCAUUGACUACUCCUCCCUGUAAUGAGGCCGUCGCGUGGAUUAUUUUUCCUACUCCUAUACCAAUAUCGUUCAAACAGAUGAACAAAUUUCGAAUUCUUUCCAAUGGCGAAGGAUGGUUGGUGGAUAAUUACAGACAUCUACAAGAUACUGGAAACCGGAAAGUUUACGUUAGAAGAAUGGACAGCAGUUCCGCUAGCACACCUGACAUGGUUGAUUUGGAUAUUUUAGGUUUAAGAUGGUUCUGGCAAUGAAUUAAUCAUAGCAAUGAAUUUAUUUCAAUGGUACGACAGCGUUUUUAUAACUUACAAAACGAGCAGUAAAUUUUGUUCGUUCCAUCUAGCUUCACCCCUCUGUCAUUUUUAAAAUUGAUCUUGCGAGUUACUCAACGUAUGGAAAGAAUUCUUGAGGAACAAUAAGGAUGUCCACAUAAAAUUCAAACAACACAUUCAUGUUACGCAUGGACAUUGAAUUUAAAUUAGCUACUUAUUCCAUAGAAUUCGUUUGCAGGAAAUCGAACAGAAGUGAAGCAUGAUAUAACCUACCGUUAACAUGCCUGAGAUGUAUAAAGAUAGUAAUAUAAUGAUAUCGGAAAAGGUGUAUUAAAUUUA